UGACAACAACAAAAAAAAAAAACACGGAAGAAGCGAGAAUCAGCUGACAUAACUCUCGCACACAGCUGCUUUGUGUUGUUUUUAUUUUAUGACUCUCACAAGCAGUGCCAUGGAGGACCAGGAGAUGCAAUUAAAAGUCAGAAGAGUGUCUGAUAAGUUCACGGAGAGCAUGUACGUGCUGGCCAACGAGCCGUCAGUGGCUCUCUACAGGCUGCAGGAACACGUGAGGAGGUCGCUGCCUGAGCUGGUGCAACACAAGACUGACAUGCAGAGCUGGGAGGAGCAGAGUCAAGGAGCCAUCUACUCUGUAGAGUAUGCAUGCAGUGCCGUGAAGAGCAUGACGAACAGCAGCUUGUACUUCAAAAACAUCGACGGCCUCCUCCGUCAAGCCAUCAGCAUGAAGGAACAGAUAAACAACUCUCAAGGACGCAGCUUACAUGAUGUGACCCCCCCUCCCAGUCCCCUUGUCUCCGCUCCACAUGCCCCUUCCACUUCCUCAUGACCUCUGGACUGAGGUGUCCAAGGAAAAGGACUAUGGACUCAGGCGUGCUAAAAGAAGGGGGGGAGAAGCACAGCUCUGGGAUGUGACGCGACUUCCUGAGUCGGCGGCGUUGCUCCUACGGCCCCCUUUUCUCUGCUACCUCUUGAUUGAGGCUGAAGUGGGCAUCACAAGGGCGACACCUCCUCAUCACAAUGGAGUGACUGCCUCCAGUGACCCCACUCCCCCACCCCCACACACACACACACACACCCCACACUAGUACAAGCCGCUCAGUGGAACAGAGCACCACAACCCUGCCUGGUCCAGCAUUAAAAACACUUAAGUCAUGGACGCUGCUCAAAGAAUGCAUUGUUCUCUGGGACUCGCUGGACGGACCAAAGAGAGAAAGCAGCAGCAGUGCUGGUUUUUGCCUCUGCUGUUGCAAAUCCACUGCACUGCCAAUGUUUUGGACACAAGCUUUCAAGUCUUGGUGAAUUUGUUUGUUAGAGGCUCAUAAGUACCCUGCAUGCAAAUUAAAAAACACACUUGCACAAGGAAAACACAAGAAUACACGCUAUAAGGCAAUAACAGGUGCCUGUAUUUCAGGAUUCAAUGUACGUACUUGCAAGAUUGGGCAACAGAAUCUUAAAAUAAUAAGAUGUUUUAUCACUUUUAUGUUUUUUUUUCUUACCUGCCAAGUAGACAGUAACUCCCAGGCAGAACAGUCCGAUAGCCACGUGUCGUACAGCUCUGCUAUCUAAAAGGAACCAGUCGGCUCUGUGGAAACAAAUGUCGCAUAUUCAACGUUGUGGCUCAGGCAAGUUUGUACUUUAACAUUGCUACUUUCAUUUCUGUUAUCGGUGCAAAAAUAAAGAAGAUUUCA